AUGCCAGAUUGUCUAGACCGGUGUCCCAACAAUGCGAAUGUCACAGCUCUCAGUGCUUGUGGUUGUGAUGACAAAGACAGCGAUGGUGAUGGCAUAUUUGAUUGUAUUGAUUUGUGCCCUCAGGAUGCUCUAAAGACCUCGGCAGGUCAGUGCGGUUGCAAUGUGGCAGAUACAGACAGUGACGGAGAUGGCGUUCCAGACUGCUAUGAUUCCUGCCCUGGUGCUCCCGAUGUGGCUCGCGACGGCCUCAAUCCCAGGUUCGGCGGUUUCGUGACCGCAGCAGGCGGGACCUACAGCUUGUGCUGGUGCUCAGCCAGUUUCGAUUGUUCCACACAAGAUGCGUUUGUGAUUGAUGUCGGCUCUCUCACGAUCAUGGGGCCUUCCCCAUUGACACAGCAUCGCACGUGUGUCGCAGGCCAGGCGUGCCAUGUCGACAGCCUGGAAGGCACCCAUCUCAACCCUCAGGAUCAAGUUGCAGUGCUCGCCACUUGCGGCGUGCUCACAGAGGUUCGAGGUUUGCCGAACAGCGGUCGUUUCACUUCGAACCUGACCGUUCAAGGAUUCGGCUUUGAGAAUGUCAGACUUACUGGCCAAGGUGGAGAGUAUCGUUUGUGCUGGUGUGCCCACGGCCAGGGAUGCACAAAGGCAGAGCAAUUCCGCGUCGAUCUCGGGCAAUUCCAGGUGGUGGGCCCAUCGCCGUUGGAACAGAGCUGGACUUGCAUCAAUGGCCAGACGUGCACUUUGGAUUCCUUGACCGGAAUGGACUUGGCUGAAUACGAUCGAGUUGUUGUUAUGGAGACUUGCAUGGUAAAUCAGGUAGGUCGCUACCCGUGGACUGUGUUGCCUUUGGCAACUUCUGCCAGUGGGACCUCUUACCAAUUUUCACCGGAGCUUCUCACAGCAGGUCAGUACCGCCUGUGCUGGUGCUCAACGGGAAUGAGCUGCAGCACCUUCGAGGACUUUGCCAUCGAUGUCGGAAGUCUGAAUUUGGUAGGACCGUCGCCGCUGCAGCAGGACAGAACAUGCGUUGCUGGACAGACCUGCAACUUUGAAGGCUUUUCCUCUUUCGGAAGCUCUGGCAUGGGCACGAUCUGGAUUCUCAGCACCUGCGGUGACGGAGAUCAGCUGGAGAGGCUGCCGCAAGCGGGGCAGCUUCAUGGCCGGGCCCCGAGACCGUCUUGGGGCUGCAGCGCAGCUGCACUGGACUCCGACGAUGAUGGCGAUCCCGACUACUUGGACUCAUGCCCUCUUGAUCCUGCGCAGAGUCAGAUGGGUCAGUGUGGAUGUGGCAUCUUAGACACGGACUCUGACGCCGAUGGUAUUCCAGACUGUUUCGACGCCUGCCCAAGUGAUCCAAUCAAGUCUUCUCAGGGUAUUUGCGGCUGUGGCACAAGCGAGGUGGAUUCGGACUCUGAUGGCGUGCCUGAUUGCAUAGACAGCUGCCCCUCAGAUGCUGGCAAAGUAGCUCCUGGCAUUUGCGGAUGUGGGCUUGCAGACAGCGAUGACACCGACGGAGACGGCGUGCCGGACUGUGUCGAUGACUGUCCAGGGUUCCCUGAUCAGACUCCGCCUGUUUGUGGAUGCACGGCGGCGAGUGCCGACAGUGAUGGCGAUGGCACGAACAACUGCUUCGACGGCUGCCCAUCCGAUCCCGGCAAGGUCGCGCCAGGCACCUGUGGCUGUGGCUUGGCAGAUACAGAUUCUGAUGGUGACGGGACUCCCGACUGCAGCGAUGGCUGUCCAUCAGAUGGGGCAAAGACUACUCCAGGUCAGUGCGGCUGUGGAGUUGCGGACACCGACGGCGACUCUGAUUCCGUUGCAGACUGCAUCGACCUAUGCCCGAGCGACAACAGCAAAGUGGUUCCAGGCAAAUGCGGAUGCGGUGUGCCGGACACCGACUCCGACAACGACGGAGUUCCGGACUGUUAUGACCGGUGCUCUGGCUUGCCUGACUACCGCCGACCAGAGCCGUCGUCGGUGUACACGUUUGGCAGUGCCCCGAUAUCCAGCGCCGGAGGACUUUAUCGAUUGUGUUGGUGUUCACCGGAUGCACAGUGUUACUCCAAGGACGACUUCACAGUUGAUGUCGGCGCUCUGACUGUGAUAGGUCCCAGUCUCCAUCAGCAGCGUACAUGCCUGAGCGGUCGAAGGUGCCGCAUUGGCGGCAUGGAUGGGGCCCUGUUAUCCGGAGAUGAUCAAGUCUUGGUCUUGGACACGUGUUCUCUCUUGCCAGAGCUCGGCGCUAACGUCUCGACGUCUCCUCGCCUGGAAUCACAACUGAGCAGGUACAACGGCUCAGAUCUGGCUGCCUUCGCUUCGACCGGCCCAUUACAGCUAGCAGGGGGCACGUAUCGGCUUUGCUGGUGUGCAGAAGGUUUCACUUGUUCCAGUUUGGCUGACUUCGUGGUCGACUUUGGCAGCAUCCUGGUCAUUGGCCCAAAGAUGUUGCGCGAGCAACAUGCAACAUGCUUUACAGGGCAAACCUGCAGCUUGUAUGAGAUCGUGGGCAACUACUUUGGCAAUGGUGAUGGAAUCAUGUUGCUCGAAACAUGUGGGCUUGCCGACAGCAUGGACAGUCCCAGCCUCACAAGCUUCCAGACAUUCCUUGACGUGCCGAGCGGCGUGAGUACGUUUGCCGAAGGUUCAUCAACCCUGUCAGCAAUUUCGACAAGCACCAGCUCGGCUGGUGGCAUCUAUCGCCUUUGUUGGUGUGCGAACGUCACAGUGGAAGCUACGCCUGCAGAAUGUGGUGCCGAUAUAGGCUCACUCUACCUUCUUGGGCCCAGGCCGCUAAAGCAGGAUCGGACUUGCAUGGCAGGCCUAUCAUGUGUAAUCAAUGGCAUCACGGGGGUUGGGCUCUCAACUGACGAUCGCCUGCUGGUGCUGAACACUUGCAACCUGGGACUCGCACAGAAGCACGCUGAAACGGAGUUUUUCACAUCAGCAUCAGGCGGAUGGCAGGUUGGACUCCAAGGCUCUACGUUUGCGAUAGGGACUGAUGUCACCCGACCCAGUGGCGGCAGUUACAGGCUCUGUUGGUGCGUUAUGCCCUGCACAACGCUCUCACAUUACUCGGUGGACAUGGGGGAGUUGACCGUCCAAGGUCCCCGGGCUUUGAGGGAACAGCACCGAACUUGUGUUGCAGGGCAGCCUUGCAACCCCAGCCCCAUUGAAGGAUGGUUUUUGAGUGCUGGAGACCGGUAUCUUCUUUUGGACACAUGUGGAGAAAAUGGCCUGAUUCCUGGUGUUCCAGAUGCUGGUGGUUUCGCCACUUCCGCGGUUGCCGUCCCCGGAGGGGUCGGUACGGCAAUCUCCUUCGUAAGCCUGUCUCUUUCGGCCGUGUCUGCAGCCGGGGGCCUCUAUCGGAUUUGCUGGUGUGCCGACAUGGCAUCCUGCGAUCAGACGUCAAGCUUUGACGUAGACGUCGGGAAGAUGCAGGUCCUGGGACCAAGGCCGCUUCACCAAGACCGAACGUGUGUGUCGGGACAGCCCUGCCUGCUGAAUGCUCUCUCCGGAGUUGCGCUCAGUGCAGCGGAUCGGUAUUACAUUCUAGAUACAUGCGGGUCAUCUUCAGUCCCACCAAGAUUUGCCGGUGCAGGGGUGGACGAUGUCAACUCUUCAUUUUCCUUGAGCGAGUCCACUGUCUCGUGGGGGCAAGCAUCCGUGACUGCACCUGGAGGUUCCUAUCGCAUCUGCUGGUGUGCAGCAGGCCAAGUCUGCAGUGCGGCUGAAGACUUCGUGAUUGAUAUGGGUCGUCUUACACUUGUUGGACCGGAACCUCUCACCAGUGGAGCCACAUGUGUUGCCGGUCAGACAUGUGUAAUCAAGGGCAUUUCGGGCAACUACCUCAGCCCAGCAGAUGCAGGCGUUUUGUUGGACACCUGCGGGCUGCCCGCAAAAACACCAGGCUUGAGCACGAGCAUCUCCUUGACCUCCGAUGGGACCAGCCUGCGUUUAGAAGGAAGUGCCCCUCAAGGCAUCCCAGUCACUGCCCCUGGCGGUGAGUAUCGCAUUUGCUGGUGCGCUGGUGGCUUCAGCUGCCUGUCGGCCGAGAACUUCAUCUCGGACAUCGGUCAGCUGAAUCUGAUUGGCCCCAGCCCGCUGGCUCAGGACCGCACUUGUGUGGCAGGUUAUGAGUGCAAGAUAAACGUCGCCGGCAUUCAGCUCAGUGCCUCAGACUCCAUCAUGGUUCUUGACACCUGUGGAACGUCAGAGGACUUGGGUGUGGUCAUCCCGCGAUUUCCAUUGACACCGCCGCUCAUUGCCGAGGAAGCAUCGGUUGCCACAACAUCCAUCUCUGUCGAAUGGAACAUUGCCGUGACAUCAUUUGGUGGAGAAUUCCGACUCUGCUGGUGCACGGGAAGCCCAUGCGAACUUGCGCAGCACUUUGCUGUGGAUCUGGGGCGACUCCAUCUACUGGGACCGGCCAUUGAGCUUGAGCAGGACAGAACAUGCAUAGCCGGACAGACUUGCAGCAUUGACGGCUUCACAGGUGCUUUCCAGGCCACUGACAGAUUGAUGGUUUUGGACACCUGUGGAGCUUCAGACUGGCCUGCAGGCUUGCCAACUGAUGGGAGCUUGUCCGUAAGUCCCAAUGAUGGCAAAGCCUCAUUUGGAAGUAUCGUGCUUUCUGCGCAAGGUGGAGAGUACCGGCUUUGUUGGUGUGCAGGAAACUGUGAAAUCCCUGGCAUUGACAUCGGCCGGCUGAGUAUAUUCGGACCCCGGCCAUUGCAGCAGGAUCGAACCUGCGUCGCAGGGCAGGAGUGCUUUGCUGAUGGCUUGCUUGGGCACGGCUUGAGCUCGUCGGACCGAUGGGCAGUACUGAGCACGUGUGGUGCAUCCAUCGUGGAUGGCCUCGUCAAUGCUGGUACAAUAUCGUCCGUGACAAGUAGCGGCACUGCAAUUUCUUUCGGUGCGAUGGUCGCUACGGCUGGCGGUGGCUCCUACCGACUUUGCUGGUGUGCUGCUGGCGCCGCUUGCAAUACUGCAAAGCAUUACGGGAUAGACGUUGGUGGUUUGACGCUUAUCGGGCCAGUCUCUGAAUCCACUGAAUCCAUCAGGACGUGUUUCAGUGGACAGACAUGUAGCAUUUCGACACCUUUCGGCACCAUGCUUUCUGGAGCAGACUCUUACAUGAUCUUGGAAACCUGUGGCGUCUCUGAACUCAUUGAGGGUUUGCCGGACGCCGGCUUUCUUACACUUGCCGCUCUUGGCAACUCCACUUGUGUCGGGGGGGAGUGCGAAUUGCAUUUUGGCACAACGCUCGUCACAGCUCUUGGUGGCCAAUACCGCUUGUGCUGGUGUGCGGCUGACCAUGAUUGCAGCAGAAAAGAAGACUUCAAAGUCACGGUGGGUCAGUUCGAACUUAUAGGCCCACACAGGCUUACCCUCGGGAGAACAUGCGUCGCUGGACAAACCUGCGUGGUAGAUGGGAUUUCGGGCAACGGCCUCGUAGGAUUGGACUCGCUGGCACUCCUGGACACCUGCGGAAUCCGCGAUCUCGUGGCAAACACCCCUGCGAUACACCGCAGUUCCGGCGCAUCCUAUGUGUUCAGCUCACCGAUCACUGCUGUCGGAGGCAGGGUCAGAGUCAACCUUCACUACUCUGAUGUAUGUAAGCUCUGUUGGUGUGCUGUAGUUUCCACGAGGCACCUACCAGCUUUGCUGGGCUUCGGCUUCUGCUGCUUCCAGCGACAGUUCAAGCUACAGCGCCAGGGGCUUACGGAGUCAUUAAUGGCAGCUCACCUCGGUACUAGUAGGAGACACUUCCUGGGUCAUGGCUUUUCCUGA